AUGACCUGUCAAUUUAAUCCAGCCGAUGUGUUUUUUUAUGGUCCUCAGGCAAUGCCAGCUGAAUUACGAGCAGGAAGGCCACAAUCUUCUGAAAAAAUGCAAGCUCAAAAUAACAGCGGAGGAAGUGGCCAACGAGAAGAACGAGACGCACCGCGAGAGUCUGGUCUCUUGAGCUAUUUCCUUCGUGUUCCCACAGAGCUACUUCUCAAUACUGAUCAAUCAUCUGACUAUGCACCCUACGUUGAUGCUGACUCAGACUGUUUUGGAGAUGCUUUUUCUCGACGUGUGAUGCGUGCCGUUAUAGGAUUUGAAGAUGUUGUCAUGGCAAGUCUUCGUGCUCUUGCGCAGAAUUCCAGUGAAGAUGGAUACGUGAUUGAAGUUGAAACAGUUACUUUCUGA